AGAAGGUGCUACCAGGUGGAGCAGGCCUGUGGCCAAUAAGUCCUCGAAAUUAAACCUAAUUUUCUCGUAAAGCUAAAGAGACCAGUAUCCCGCUUUUUAUCUUCAUUUGGGCCAGUUGGAAUUUUCUCCUGUGGCAGAUCUCUCCCUGCAGUGUAUCUUUCCUGUAUUGCACCUCUUUUUCAGGGGUGAUUGUAAGCAAAUGCAGAUUCUCUUUUUCCAUUAAGUAACUAUUUUGAGUAUCUUAGGUCCAUGAUUGGAUUUAACAUGAUUGGCAGUUUGUAGCUCUUUGCAGAAAAGAUAUAUUGUGUCAACCUACUGCAAACGUUGGGGGGAGGCACUUUUUCAUUGGUGGUGUUUAUAGUGACACUUAGUUUCGUCUACUGAUUCUUCUUUGAUUAAUGAAGAUCCAUCAACUGGGAGAUGAGCAGCUUGCAAAUCAAGGAAGAGAAAAUCAAAUCAGAUACCAAUGGUGUUAUCAAAACCAAUGCCACUCCAGAGAAAACAGAUGAAGAAGAAAAAGAGGACAGAGCUGCCCAGUCCUUACUCAACAAGCUGAUCAGAAGCAACCUUGUCGAUAACACAAACCAAGUGGAAGUCCUGCAGCGGGAUCCAAAUUCUCCCCUCUACUCAGUGAAGUCUUUUGAAGAACUUCGCUUGAAACCACAGCUUCUCCAGGGAGUCUACACCAUGGGCUUCAAUCGACCAUCCAGGAUACAGGAGAACGCAUUGCCCAUGAUGCUUGCUGAACCGCCACAGAACCUGAUUGCCCAGUCACAGUCUGGUACUGGAAAGACGGCUGCCUUCGUCUUGGCCAUGCUCAGCAGAGUGGAACCAGCGGACAGAUACCCACAGUGUUUGUGCCUUUCCCCAACCUAUGAGCUGUCUCUUCAAACCGGUAAAGUGAUUGAGCAGAUGGGCAAAUUUCACCCUGAGCUAAAGCUGGCUUAUGCUGUUCGAGGCAAUAAACUGGAAAGAGGUCAGAAGAUCACUGAGCAGAUUGUCAUAGGCACCCCUGGGACUGUCCUGGACUGGUGCUCUAAGCUCAAGUUCAUCGAUCCCAAGAAGAUCAAGGUCUUUGUUCUGGAUGAGGCUGACGUGAUGAUCGCUACCCAGGGCCACCAAGAUCAGAGCAUCCGCAUCCAGAGGAUGCUGCCCAGGAACUGCCAGAUGCUGCUUUUCUCCGCCACCUUCGAAGACUCCGUGUGGAAAUUUGCCCAGAAAGUGGUCCCCGACCCAAACAUCAUCAAACUGAAGCGUGAGGAGGAGACAUUGGACACCAUCAAGCAGUAUUAUGUCCUGUGCAAUAACCGAGAUGAGAAGUUCCAGGCCUUGUGUAACCUCUACGGGGCCAUUACCAUUGCCCAGGCCAUGAUCUUCUGCCAUACACGCAAAACAGCCAGUUGGCUGGCAGCAGAGCUCUCAAAGGAAGGCCACCAGGUGGCUCUGCUGAGUGGAGAAAUGAUGGUGGAGCAGAGAGCUGCAGUGAUUGAGCGCUUCCGAGAGGGCAGAGAGAAGGUUCUGGUGACCACCAACGUGUGUGCCCGAGGUAUUGAUGUGGAGCAAGUGUCUGUCGUCAUCAACUUUGAUCUUCCCGUGGACAAGGACGGGAACCCGGACAACGAGACCUACCUGCACCGCAUCGGGCGCACCGGGCGCUUUGGCAAGAGGGGCCUGGCAGUGAACAUGGUCGACAGCAAGCACAGCAUGAACAUCCUGAACAGAAUCCAGGAGCAUUUUAAUAAGAAGAUAGAAAGACUGGACACAGAUGAUUUGGAUGAGAUUGAGAAAAUAGCCAACUGAGCAGCUCCACCAGGAACUGGUGCCCACCCUUGGCGCUGCCCCUGCCGGGAGACGAGAGCUUUCCCAGCACAGGCCUCAGCAGCCACCACCACAUAGAUGAAGACACAAGCAGAGGGAACCUACCUACCUCAUUUUAAAUUAUGUUUGGACUCAAAAAAUUUAUGCAAAUAAUGGGGAAAGUAGAAGGAAAUAUUUGCAUUCAGGAAAAUUUUAAUCUUUUUUUUAAGUCCAUUUUUACGCCAGCCUUCCCCCAUCUUUAUAGUAAUUUGGUCACUGCUGGCAAACACUGGCCCCAGGGUCUCCUGGCUGUUUUCUGGCUAGGGACAUCAGGAGCAGCUGCCCUCACCUGAAGACUCACCGGGCCCAAGGUGUGGAGGGACUAGAGAGCGGGCAAGGCCGGACAGGGCAGCUGCACGGGCCACGGCCUCCUCUGGCGCCUGGGGGAGGCAGCAGGUGGCCCGUGCAGCUGCCCCUUCUCUGUCCUUUCUCUGAGGCAUGUCAUGGGUGUUUCGCCUGCGCUGGGAUCUUCCUUCCCCUAAAUGCAGAGUCCUUCCGGCUCAUCCCUUUUGCUCUCUCUUCCCUGGCAGAAGGAAGAUAUCCCUGUUUCCUCCCCUGUGUGCAGCUCAGCUACUUUUGUAAAUCUCAGAUUGGGGAACAGAGAGGUCAGUGAAUCCUUCCCCUUUGGCGAACUUGGCCUGGCCCGGAUGGAGAAGUCCUCUGAGGACCUGGGCCUUCAUUCUCCCUCCUUGGGUGCCGCCUGUUCCGCCGCCUCCUGGUCGCUCCGCCGGCUCCGCACGAGGCAUUCAGUCCCUCGGGGCGGCCUGCGCACAUGCUGGGCCAGGUUAGAGGGUCCCCCUGGGGGGACGUCACCCCCUCGCCUCCUGCCUGGAGCCAAGCGGCAGACUUUGGAAAGUUAACGACCGCAUGGGAAACUCUGAUUAUGCUAAUAGUAAACUUUAUUGGUUGCUUUAAUUCAUACAUUGUAUGGAUAAGGAUGAAUAAAUAAUAGCUAUACCCAUCACUCAUUAUGUUAAUAGGGUUUAAAGUAACUAUGAAAUGCUUUACUAGUCAUUUGUAUUUUUCUGCUUAUUAUACUAAUAUAUACUCAUUAAAAAAUGUCUAUAGAAGUGCAA